ACAAAAAGAAGAACAAGAAAAAAAAAAGACAAGACAAAAAGGCAUUGGGACUUAGUGGUUGUGGGCAAGUGAUUGUUCUCCAUGGAUGCUCGUGUCAGAUCAGUGGAAAACUGAUUUUUUUUUUUUUUAACACCUUCGUUGUUCAGGAAGAGGAGGCUUGAGAGGAGCGACGCUUUGUGCACUAGCACCCAGACGGGUUUGAAAUCUGCGACGAUCCGUGUGACAGGUUGCGCGUCUAGAGAGGACAGCCAUGUCUAUGGAUCCAGCUGUCCAACAGAGUCAGGCUGCGGUGGCUGGGCAGGGAGCCCAGGCACAGGUUGCAGUAAGUGCAAAGACAUCGACUGACUGUAAAGAGGGUUGUAUGGCCUUUAACGACGUGGCUAUCUACUUCUUGAGGGAGGAAUGGACACUGCUUGAUGACUCUCAGAGGCAUCUCUACCACCAUGUGAUGAUGGAGGUCUUUGUUCUCAUGUCCUCAUUGGGACUCAUACCUUCUGGGACCCGUAACAUCAUUCAGGUGGAGUCUUCAGAUCCCUUCAUUCCUGCACUGAGAUUCCUGACUCCAAGAAUUGUGGUUGAAAAGAUACCUUGGAAGCAGAACACUUCCAUGGAAGCAGGGCUUAAUAUGACCAUGCUCCCACCGCCACAGCUGGGCUGUACUGAGACAUCCUUACAGAGAGCAGAGAGCAGGAUUCCAGCUGUGGAGUGCAAGAAAAGUGACUUUUCACAGAAGAGUUUACAAAGCACAGACCGUGGGAUGGACCUCCAGACUCCCUCAGGUCCUCUGGGGCAUCCUGUGACUCACGGUAGUGAGGAGCCACCCAGGAGCACUAAAAGAAAAAAGGCUAUUCGUAGUGAGAAGGGGAACUACAAAUGCUGUGACUGUGGCAAAUCCUUCAGUUGUAAGUCUCUGCUUAUUCGACACCGGAGGAUACACACUGGUGAAAAGCCUUUUAAGUGCAGUGACUGUGAGAAAUCCUUCAUCCAAAAGGCUGAUCUGAAUCAACAUGUCAAAGUUCACACUGGCGAGAAGCCUUUCAGAUGCAGUGAAUGUGGGAAAGAUUUCAAACAUAGUCGCUCCCUUGUUGGGCAUCAAAGAGUUCACACUGGAGAAAGGCCUUAUAAAUGCAGCCAGUGUGGGGAAUCGUAUAUGAACAAAUCCAGCCUCAUUCGUCAUAAUCGACUCCAUACUGGAGAAAAGCCUUACAAGUGCAGCGAGUGUGGAAAAUUGUUUAAAGAAAGAUCCAGCCUCGUUUAUCAUGCCCGAAUGCACACUGGAGAGAGGCCUUUUAAGUGCAGCCAAUGUGGGAAGAGUUUUAAAAAGAACUCACACCUCGUGAAACACCGAAAAGUUCACAGCAGAGGGAAACCUUUUAAGUGUAAUGUAUGUGGGAGAUGCUUUACUGUGAGGUAUAUCCUCAUUAAACACCAGAGAUUUCACACUGCAACAAAGCAUCAUGAGUGCAAGCAAUGUGGGAAAGUGUUUUGCUACAGGACUGGACUUUCUAGACACAAGAAGACUCAUACUGAAUAGAAGUAUUGAGUGCCAUGAAGAUGGGAAAUUGUUUUCAUCAUCUACUAUAUACAUGCAAGGGAACAUUCACUGAACAAAAAUCAAGAAUGUUUGAAUUGUGAGGAGCCUUCACCCACACCUCCAUCCUGUUCAACUGGAGAGGCCACGGUGCUGGGAUGCAUCAUGAACCCACUGAUUCUGGGAAAGCCUUUGAGCAAAUGUCUGCUCUUAUUAGUAACAUAUGCACAACUCAGAUAGGUCUGUGAAUGCAGAGAAAAUCUUUAGCCAUUGGUCAACCUUAUCCUAAAAGUGACCCUUGUGAGGGAGUCAUUCAUUGAAAGUUACUCAUCAAAUAAGAACAUUGGGACAAGAUGAGAAUUAUUGCCAUCUUCCUACCCCCCCCCC